CAUCAAUCGAGUCGUCGGAAUCUAAUCAUCGGUCAGUAAUCGACCCAACGUGAUCACAGCUAGUGGACUGCUAUAUAAAGUGAAUGCCACAUAAAUUCUCUUUCCCUUUUCUCGUUGUGCUUGGACGGUUGCAGCUGCUUUUGUAGCCGUGAGAGCAGUGAUGGCAGCAGUGGUGUUUGACUGGAUGGUUGUGGUGCCCACAGAACGCGCAACUUGCGCGUUUCGAGUGCGCUGAAGUUUGUUUAUAGUGCUCAGCAAGAUCCCGAACUUGUGCUGAGAUGGGUUCCCCACUUUGAUGAUUUUGGACCUGCUCGAAGGCUCCAGGGAUGUCCAAAAUCGAGCGCGGGACGUCUUCUGAAGCCGCUAAAGUACAGUGCAUGAGUCAAUGCCUUCCAGAUGACUGGCAAACCACGAUGUACCGAGAUCCGUAACGCAUUUAGCACAGAGCGGCUCCUGGAGCAGGGUAUAGAUGGUGGAGCACGAUUGACAAAACGCCAUAGACUUU